AACCAGUAUAAACUCACAUGCGCAGAGGGACUGGCCACAAACUAAAGGAAUUUUAGACACAGUGGUUUUCGAACCGGUUUGCUGAAUUCGAAUUAACUAGGAAUUGUGACUUCUGGGAAGAGCACAGAGCUUCUGUCUCCAAACCCGGCACCAUGGCUGACCUGACAGUGGAGGAUAUCAACCUGCGAGCCAAUCAGCUGACAGAUGAGUCCCUGGAAAGCACCAGGAGGAUGCUGCAGAUGGCAGAGGAGAGCAAAGAGACCGGAGUGAAAACCCUCACCAUGCUGGACGAGCAGGGAGAGCAACUUAACCGUGUGGAGGAUGGAAUGGAGCAGAUCAACGAGGACAUGAAGCAUGCUGAGAAGAACCUGACGAACCUGACCAAGUGCUGUGGGCUCUGUGUGUGUCCCUGCGACAGAGCGAGGAACUUCGAGGUGAGCGACCACUACAAGAAGGCCUGGAGCACCAGCACAGAGAGCUCUGCCAAAGUGGUGUCCAACCAGCCCUCCAGCACCACCCAUAAUGGACAGCAGACCUCCUCAGGAGGACCAGGUGGACCCUAUAUCAAGAGGAUAACGAACGACGCCCGGGAGGAUGAGAUGGAGGACAACCUGGACCAGGUGGGCAGCCUCAUCGGGAACCUGAAGAACAUGGCAUUGGACAUGGGCACCGAGAUCGAGAAGCAGAACAACCAGAUCGACCGCAUCACUGUGAAGGCUGAAACAAACAAAGUGCGUAUUGAUGAGGCCAACCAGAGAGCAAAUAAACUCAUCAAGUAGCUUCUGUGAUGCGAGGGGGGGGGGGGAAGCAACCUUUGACCACCUGGACCUCGACCGUUCUCCGCUUCAACUUCUUCAGUCUGGACUCUUCCUAUAGGAUAUCUAUCCCCUCCUCUCCUCCUUUACAAAAUCAAGCCAGUGUGCUCAUUGCAGCGAAGGAAUGCAUGAAGCUGGCACUAGGAAUAGAAGGGCAGUCUGGGACUGCCUUCCAGUCUGAACAAGAAUUUACGAGUCACACAGCAGCGCAGCGCUUCAGAAACGGGUUUGUGUUUCAGAAAUACAAUUUUCAGUGGCAAUGCUUUAGAUGGUAGAAUCGGUGUGCAGUGAAAGUGCUGUUCCAUCUUUUCUUUCUUUUUUACAACAAGGGUUUGUAAUUCUAGGGAUGUGCAACCUGAGGACUGUGGCCUCUACACAAGCCCAUCUUGCAAUACUUGAUUAGGUAAUGCAGAGGUGGAUGAAUCUAGUCAGAACUGCUAAUAACUAACACUUAGAUGGUUAAACAUGUUUUGGCCACAAAAAAUAUUCAAAAACAAACAAGAAAACACUUUUUUUUUUAAAUCCAAAAUAACACAUUUUUAUUACAGCAAUUUCAACUCCAUGCAGCCAUAGUGUAGCUCUGGUUGCCCACCCCUGAUUAUCAUCCAGUAGUGUAUUUAACUGUCUGGGAUACUCGGACUUGCUGUUCAGGGCUUCUGUUUUAGUACAUGUUAAUAAACUCGUUCAAAUGGAUGUAGCUCAUUUGGUCUAUUCAGUGCAGUUGUUUUUUUAAAAUAUCCAUCCCUUCUUGAUGCCUUGCAAGAAGGGAUGGAUAUACGCUGCUUGCUCUAUUAGACCUUGUUCCCUUCACAUUAGCUUUUAGGUGUCCCAACAUUUCCCUGCCAUCAGUGUGUUGAAACAGUGCAGCCUUCCCGCUCUGGUCAUUUACAUGUUGGGAUUGAGAGAGGCGCCCGGUUUGUAAAGGAAUACAAUCGGAAAAGCAACACGUCACAGCGAUGUUGCACAGUAACCCAUUGUAUACAGAUUCACCAAUCACUGGUCUCCAUGUGUCCUUCAGCCCAGUGUCAAAUCCCCUGUACCCCUAGAAGACAGUUGGGCUGCUAUUGUACUAUAAAGGGAACCCUGAACAUUUGCAGUAUAUAGAUUUAAAUUAAAACAGUUGUCCCUUUUUUAUUUUGGUUUGUUUCCCAACUUAAACAAUGGCUUGCUUUUGUUCUGCGUUCUUGCCCAUGUGUUGGGGAUUCACACAAUAGUAAUACAUGUAACACAGCCCCCCUCCACAGCUUGGUUUAAUGGUGCAACAAUUUCAUGUUUUAUUCUCCAGAUGUGUGGGAUGGUUAGGGUUAACUAGCUGGGGUUAUAUGGCUAUUUCCUGCACAUAACGUUUCUGUAACUUUACACGCUCAUUAAAAUCGAGUUUGUCCAGUAAAAACUUCUCGGCUUUACGGGCUGGAGCCUGAGUCUGUCCAGUGUAUUGCAGUUUUUCAGUGUAUCAUUUACAAUACAGUAAGUAAGCAAUCAAUACAGUAAGUUGUACAUUUUCUAGUGGCAAUUUGAGAUCGUCACACUUAUUACAGUUAUCACAUUUUAAAUUGUGCAGUCAUAUUUCUGUAUAAAAAAGUGCAUGCAUUUAAGAACAUAAUGUCUUGUACCUGCACAUCAUUCAGUUGUGUUUGCAGUAGCUUGAGAUUUUACCAGGAUCAUAGUACUGAAUUUGUUGGUAACCAUGAUGUCAAUAAUUUAAAGAAUGCCUCAACCCUCCCACAUUUAUGGAAGUCGGUUUUACAGCAUUUAAAAGUAAUGUUCAUUGUGUAGAAUAGGAAUAGGGUACCUUUUUGUUUGAACCGUUUAAGUCUCGUCUAAAAGUGUAUUGCAUUCGGUGCAGCCCAGAGAAUAACAUCCGCUGGAACAUUAAAAGCACGGAAGGUUUUUGAGAAGCUAAUAGACCUUUGGGAUCUGCACAGAGUAACCUCUCCUAUUGCAGUUUGUAUGACCUAAGUUUUAUUUAAUGAUUUUUUUCUUGUUUUAAAAACAACCGUUCUAGCUUUAACGAUUUUAAAAAGUAGCUGUUCAGAUCGCUCCCAUAUCCCUACAUGAUUUCAAUGCAUUUGAAUGAUGACUCCUGACAAGGUGACUUCAGACUGUUUGUUUUUUGGCAGCAUGAUUUCUAUUUAUGCAAUCGGGGAUUAAAAAACCUGUAUAGAGAUGAAACUUGUCGGGAAGCAGCAGUAAAUCAUGGGACAGAUGAGUGGGUGGUUAGCACCUUGGCACUGAGUACCAUGUUUUACAAGGCAGAUUAACCCGGCUGCUUUUAAACAAACUUGGUGUUCCUGUGGGUUGCUGCAUUGCACGAUGGGCAGUGAUGUCAUCGCAGAACCCUACCAGUUCAGGGAACAAGGUGUUCACAUUGGGUAAAGACGUGCUUGAAUGCUGCUUGCUACGAUUCUAGCCAGGUGUCGGCCUCUUCCCCGUGUUCUUCUCUCCAUACCUUCAAUUGCUCUGCUGGGCUUACUGAUCCCUGGCAUAUCUCUGAACCUGUCAAGUGACUUUUGAACCAUUCUGUUUAUAUAAUGAAAUCAGGACCUGCAAAAAUGUACCACUUCAGUUUCUACACAAGAAAUGUUGCUGCUGAAAUUUAAUGUAGGAAAGAAAUUUAGUUGCUGCUUUUUCUUUCUUUUGCUUUUGCAAUUAGUCUAAGAAAAAAGCAAAUAUUCAUUUAGCAAUUGUGAAAUUCACUGCUUUGUUGUUUGUUUGUGGAAUAUUAUAUCUGCAUAAAGUGUUACGCGAUUCAAGAAAAGUGCCUUUUUCACAGUAACGUAUAGAAACAAUUACUGUUAAUUGAUACCUUCAUUCUGAGGCUUUUACUCUAUACAGGUAUGUCUAUUGUUUUAAUAAAGUUUAAUUCGGA